GAAGAGCCGCCAAUCCUCGCUUCACUAGGUCAGGACGAUGACAGGGGACCCAACUUUCAAGCGCAGAAAGCUGCUUUCUUUUUCAGACUCGAGCGUGAGCUCGAGAAGAUCAAUGCAUUUUACCUGGAAAAGGAGGCCGAGUUGAAACUACGACUCGAGACUUUACUCUCGAAGCGGAGAGCCGCAGCGAUGCGUGUGUUACCCGACCCUUUCGACGACGCGACUAAAAACCAUGUUGAAUGGAGCGCUGUAGAGGAAGGGUUCCGGCUCCUGGAACGAGAUCUCCGAAAACUGCAGGUAUACGAGAUCCUCCUCGUGUGUGAUCCUGAUGCAUACGCGGGCCAUCUAGCAAUUUGUUGA